GAAGUACAGUGUUUACUUUCAUUUCCCAUUGCAGCACCUUGGGCCUUAGAAAACAGCUUGGAGGGCUGCAUGGUGGCCCGUGGGCUAUAUGAUGGACAAGCCUGGUCUAGGGUCUCUAUCAGUGUCUCCUGAUAGAGCUGUUUCACUUAAAGAAAAAAAAAAUAGACCAGAAAGAGGGGAAGAGUGACAGAAACUGACUGCUUCUGUAGCACAGUGGGUGUAGCACUCAUGUAGAAAGUAUUAAACCCUACUCCAAUAAUUUUUAUUGAUUUGUAUGAAGUGGACAGAAGAAAGAUCAACUGACCCACUUAUAUACCUGGCUGUUAAAGGAUAGGGCACUCACUUGGGAAGUUAAAAAGGUAGGUCUACCACAUUCCAGGUAUCUGCCAUCACCAGGACAUUGACUGGUUUAAUUUGGGGUUUGUCUCUCUCUCUGAAACAAUGUGAAAGGUUUGUUCUGAUGUGGAACAUGCAUGUUUUUAAAAUUUCAAGAACCUGUCCUGCUCUAUUUUUUGUGUGGGGAGAACGGUUUAUCUGUUGUCCUCCAGGACCUUGGUGCUUAACUUACCAUAUUGACUGACUGUUGAAUGCAGUACAUUAGCAUUUCUUUUCAUUAUAGAAAAGUUUGGGUUGGUUUAGGUUGCGAUUAUUUUAUUUUCUAGCUUCCUUUGUCUUUGGAGGGGAAUACAGUUAAUGCCUGGAUUUUGACCUCUCAUUUCUUCAUUGCUAAAAAGUGUUGUGACAUUUUUUUUCUAUACAUAUAGAUGACAGGUAGACUUGAAAUCAAAGAACUUUUUUAGUAGCUGUUCAUUUUAAAGGGUACAAUGCAAUUAAAUGUAUGUAUGGUAAAGGUUAAGUUGCAUCAAUUAUACUUAUUCUAAACUUCUUUAGAUAUACUGCAGUACUUUGUAGAAGGAUAAUUGUGCAUUGCAUUCAGUUUUAACUAAUUAGGGAAUAACUAUUUUACAGAUUUUUUUUCUCCACAGAGUACUUUGUGUUUAACAGUUUAGAUUAAGGAUCUAAUUAAAAUUAAGAUGGUUGAAAGUUGUUCUUUGACUUUUCCCUGCCAAGUACCAGACACUUCCCAAAGAUUCUCUUUGAAACAAAAGUGCAACAACUUCAGUGAGUGGCAAGUUCUUGACAGUUAAUUGAACCUGGUAUAAAUGCUAGUAUCCCAUGAUGUGGAGAGCUGUACUUUGGCAUUAAUUUUAGUGAGGUGCAUCUGUUUCAAGUGGCAGGCAAUGGAGACGUUGUAUGUUAGUAUAUAAAAAUGAGAGUGGCUGUCAUUCAGGAUUUCAGGGUGGGUGAGAGUGAGGAGGAGGAAGAUGAGGAAGAAGAAAAGGUAUUCUGUAAGCCUGUUAUUGAGGACAGAAACAUGGAAUUGGCUAAAAGAUGCACUGAACUGAUAAGUGAUAUACGCUAUAAAGAAGAGUAUGAAAAAUCUAAAGGGAAGUGCAUAUUUGUUCCUGACACUCCUCAGCUAAAUCACGCGAAAAAUAUCAGUGCUUUUAUUUCUGAGGCAAAGUACAAAGGAUCUGCUAAGAAAGACCUCUCUGACUCUAUCUACAAGCAAAUGCCAGCCACAAUUGAUAGUGUUUUUGCAAAAGAAGUUACACAGCUUCAGAGCAAGGUACUCUACAGACAGAAGCAUGAUGCUGAAAAAGGGACAUCCAGUUAUGCUCAUAUGAAGGAGCCUCCAGAUGUUAUGCAUGCCAUGGAAGUCAAUAAACAUCAGAGUAACGUGUCGUAUAAAAAAGAUGUGGAAGAUAUGCAUAGAUACACUGAGGUGCUGAACAGGCCAGACAUAAAGAUGGCAACAGAGAUAACAAAGAUAAUAAGCAAUACUGAGUAUAAGAAAGGAAGAGGAGAAAUGAAUAAGGAGUCUGCUGUACUUGGAAGACCAGAUUUCGAGCAUGCUAAAGAAGUUUCUAAACUUUUAAGCCAAGUUAAAUACAAAGAGCAGUUCAAUAAAGAAAUGAAGAGUCACCAGUAUAAUCCUCUUGACAGUGCCGCUUUCAAACAAGCACAGAUUGCAGCUACUUUGGCAAGUGAUGUGAAAUACAAAAAAGAUAUGAAAAGUUUGCGUGAUCCAGUUUCAGACUUACCAAACUUACUGUAUUUAGAGCAUGCUUUAAAUAUCAGCAAAACGCAUAGUAAUUAUGAAUACAAGAAACUGUUUGAGAGAAGCAAGGGACUUUAUCAUUUUGCCUUGGACACAGCUGAACAGAUGCACCACAAAGAAAAUGCUGUGCUCCAAAGUCAGGUGAAAUACAAAGAGGAUUAUGAAACAUCGAAAGGCAAAUCAAUGCUGGAGUUUGUGGAUACACCAAUUUAUCAGGUUUCAAAGGAGGUUCAAAAGAUUCAAAGUGAGAAAGCUUAUCGCAAAGAUUUUGAAGAAAUGCUCAAGGGAAAAGCAACAUUGGAUUUAGACAAGACUCCCGAAUUUUUGCACAUAAAACAUGUCACCAAUCUUCUCAAAGAGAAAGAGUAUAGAAAAGAUUUUGAAGAAGGGAUUAAAGGAAAAGGACUGACUGUGUUUGAAGAUACGCCAGAUUUGAUUAGAGUGAAAAAUGCAGCCCAGAUCCUAAAUGAGAAAGAAUACAAAAAAGAUCUAGAGACUGAAAUUAAAGGCAAGGGCAUGCAAGUGGGCACAGAUACUCCUGAAAUACAACGUGUCAAGAAAGCUUCUGAAAUUGCAAGCCAGAAAGAAUACAAGAAAGAUCUAGAGACUGAAAUUAAAGGAAAGGGAAUGCAAGUGGGCAUGGAUACCCCUGAAAUACAACGAGCUAAAAACGCUUCUGAAAUUGCAAGCCAGAAAGUAUACAAGAAAGACUUGGAGACUGAAAUUAAAGGGAAGGGGAUGCAAGUUGGCGCAGAUACCCCUGAGAUACAGCGGGUCAAAAGAGCUUCUGAAAUAAUAAGCCAGAAAAUGUACAAAGAUGAAGCAGGGAAGAUGCUCUGUAAUUACUCUGCUGUACCAGAUACUCCAGAAAUUGAAAGGAUUAAGAAUACUCAGAAAAACAUUAGUUUGCUGUUUUAUAAGGAGGAAGUAGGUGCUGGAACUGCAGUAAAAGAGACUCCCGAGAUUGAACGAGUAAAGAAAAAUCAGCAGAAUAUUAGUUCAGUAAAGUACAGAGAAGAACUUAAACAAGCCACAGCUAUUUCUGAUCCCCCAGAAUUAAAGAGAGUCAAGGAAAACCAGAAGAAUAUUAGCAAUGUCCAGUACAAAAAGCAGCACUGUAAAGCUACAUCUGUGAUUGUCACCCCUGAGAUCGAGAGAGUCAAGAAGAAUCAAGAAAAUGUCAGCAUGGUAAAGUAUAAAGAAGAGAUUAAACAAGCCACAACUAUUUCUGACCCCCUGGAAUUAAAGAGAGUCAAGGAAAACCAGAAGACUAUUAGUGAUAUUCACUAUAGAAAGCAGCCUGGAAAAGCUACUGCUGUGAGUGUCACUCCUGAGAUAGAAAGAGUCAAGAAGAAUCAAGACAAUAUCAGCUUGGUUAAGUACAGCAGUGAUCAGAGGCAGAUGAAAGGUAGACCUAGUGUGAUUCUAGACACACCUGAGCUAAGGCAUGUCAGAGAAACACAGAACAACAUCUCAAUGGUGAAAUAUCAUGAAGAUUUUGAGAAGACAAAGGGCAGAGGUUUCACUCCAGUGGUGGAUGAUCCUGUGACGGAGAGGGUGAGGAAAAACACUCAGGUUAUGAGUGAUGCUGCAUACAAAGGAGUCCAUCCACAUAUAGUUGAAAUGGAUAGGAGACCUGGAAUAAUUGUUGACCUCAAAGUUUGGCGCACAGAUCCUGGGUCCAUCUUCGACAUUGAUCCUCUGGAAGACAAUAUUCAGUCUAGGAGUCUGCGUAUGCUUUCUGAAAAAGCAAGCCGUUACAAUAAACAGCAUUUCCAUUCUACCAGUGCUAUUGGCAUGAAUCUGGGGGAUGACAAAUUAGAUGGUUCUGAGAUGAACUCUAGCUUUUCUUACAGCAGUGAGGUAACAAGGCCAUCUGAUGAAGGAGCCCCUGUGCUUCCUGGGGCAUAUCAGCAAAGUCAGUCACAAGGGUAUGGAUACAUGCACCAGACCAGUAUGUCAUCGAUGAGGUCAUUGCAUUCCCAGCCACAUUCAGCAGGCCUGAGAACAUACAGAGCUAUGUAUGACUACAGUGCUCAAGAUGAAGAUGAAGUUUCCUUCAGGGAUGGUGACUAUAUCGUCAAUGUGCAACCAAUUGAUGAUGGCUGGAUGUAUGGUACUGUUCAGAGAACUGGGAAAACAGGAAUGCUUCCAGCAAAUUAUAUUGAGUUUGUUAACUAGUUUUUGUCUCUAGUCCUUUAAGCUUUACUCAAAACUUAACCUUUUAAAAAAAUCAGAGAAAACUUUUAUGACCACACACUCCUUACUUUGUCACUGUUAUAACAGUCCAUAUUCACAAGCAUAAGCCAACAUACUGGUCCUUUACUGAAAAAAAAAAUCAACAAGAAGCUUUGAGCUUGAAAACAGCAUUGCUUAAUAAUAAUGCUCUCUAAAAACAUCAUGUGGAAGACUGGUGUUGCUAAUCAUGUAAAGGUUUCUGUCAAUUAAUUGUAAAGGAGAAAUGCCUUUCCCAUAGAUAUAAAGAGGUUCUUUCUCUUUUAAACAUAACCAUAAAAUGGAUUCUUUUCUUAUAUCACUUUGCAGUCACAAGAAACUUAAUACUCUUAGUUUAAUAACACUCUCUAAUAAUGUGAAAGCUCUUUAACAUUUGAGCAGUUAAUAUGCGAAUUAAAAUGACAAGUCAACAAUUUUAAAUAAUGGCGGGUAACAUACUGGUAGAAACCCUACUGCCCAGCAGCCUUAUACGUAACUUGAAAGUCUGCUUUGACAGUGAAAAAUUCUCAACUCCCACUUGCCCACACAAUUUCAUUCAUUGCUGAAUCUUCCAUUUGCUCUCAUUCAUGACUGUGACCUUCCCUUCUGUCAGUUUGGCCUGCUACCCAAUUCAUCAGUUGUAACCAUUCCUUGAUUCAUGGCAUAUCGGUAUCUUUUACACAGAGCAUUUCCCAUAGGCACUAUCCAGAGUGCAAAACCUAAUUGCCACCUCUUCUAUUUCCCUUUAAUAAUACUUAGCAUUUAGAUAGCAGCUUCCAUUAAAGCACUGUACAUGCAAUAAUUCACUUCACUUCCUUUAUCCUUCUCUGUAUUACUGCUGUAAAUAGCCAGUCUGGGGCCCACAUGACAUGUGGCAACAUGAAACACAUAGCUACAUUCCUUGUUCUAACAUGCGACUAACUUAAUGGCAACUUUGCUGACAAGCUGAUAUUCCCACCUCUGCUGCAUCUCCAUAAACAAGUUGAGAGAAGCUCUUAUUUUGUACUGAAUUUGAGUCCAGUGGCAUACACCUUCAGUUUCUUCCAAAACUUUCCCAUUGUAUAUGUGAAGCCAUUUGGUUAUCCCAAAAUGGGCUAUACCCAUACAAAAUGAUUAAUGAAAGACAAAUGUCAUUGACCUCUGCUGAUGCUCACGGUAGCACCACAGGAAUGCUAAGCAUACAACUGUUCUACCAGUUCUGUUCCACCUUCCUUCUUUACCUAAGGAUAAAAAAGGAAAGCUAUCAGCUCUUUUUUUUUUUCAGGUAUUUUUUAUCCUUAGAUCUAACAGAACCCUUCAUUCCUGCAUAAAAAGUCUUCAGAUUUUGGUUUCAGUACUAAAAUGUAAAUAUUAUUGUCCCAACUUUUAUGCAACUUCAUUACUUCUCUUCUACUUUAAGCCACAUUCAGACCAAGCUAAAGGAGAAAAAUAGUACCAGCUGCAAUCUUUCUGGCUUCAAUUUUCUGAGACAUUAUCAGGACACUAUCUAGAAUGCAGCCAUAUUGCAGCCAUGACGAUUUUGUUCCUGAUAAACUGUCGGCUAUUUUUUCCAGUGCUCCUUCAGCUUGGAGUCAGGAUUGAAGGAUUCAUUGGAAUCUCAGUAGUGAGAUGCAACAGGUGAGAUGCUUUAUCACUGAAGUUCCAGUCCUGAAAAGAGAAACCUAGUGUCAGAUACUCCAUCACAAAGCUCCAUUGACUUUAACUGGACUCCUCUUGGAUGCUUUGUUCCUGCCAUGUUGUUCUCCUUACAGGAUUCUUGCCUAAGUCAGAGGGACCACAAAAUCCUGUAAACCUUCAUGGGGAAUGUGUAUGUGUUUAAGAAACACAUAUGGUUGUUUUUUUUAUUCUGAUGGUUCAUAAAUACUCAUGUAUUCAGACAUGAGUUAAAAAUACUAGCCAGAGAGCUGCCAUUUGAAAUUUGGCAAGUGUGCCAGUGAUCUUGUAUGUAUUAGAUUUACAAAAUAGAGACUAAGUUAUACUAUGUUUUUAGAGAAUUUUAUAUUUCUGGUUUCACAAAGUCACCAAGCUGGCACUAUUUCAUUUAACAGAAAUGAAGGAAAGCAAUAAGUAUUCAUGAUGGGAGAAAAAAACCCAAAAACAAACAACAGCCACCCCCAGCCCCUGAAACCCUGUUAGUGCUAGAUAGCUGCCAGCUCUGCUUUGCAUAAUAUUUAAAAACAACGAGUUCAUGCAAUUCCACUGGAUAGUUAACUAGGGGGCCUAUCCAAAGCUGGCAGACAGAGAACAAUAACUUUCAAUGAUUAUGUUUAAAAAAUAUAGUAGUGAGUCCAUAAAUAUUGAAAAGUAAGUGGGGUACCUAUAUUUUCUUGUCAGAUAACUCAUUUUAAGGAUGAUGCUUUUGGGGUUCAGGAGCAUGUCCUGAGGUGGUUAAAACCAGGAAAAAUAACUCGGUAAGGAUGGAACUUUUUUGUUCCAUAGAUAGGCCUGAGUCUGCAACUACACUGUGCUUUUAAUAUUCUGUGGAAGACAGCAUGAGUUUUGCUUAGGGAGCAGCUGCAGCCACAGGCCCUUAUCCUUUAUUGUAGACUUCCAUAACAAAUUUGCUAGCUUUGCAAGUCAAGCAACUUCUUUCAAGCUGCUGAUACUUUAAGCCAAGCCUAAAAGCUCUCUGAAAAGCAGUCUGGUUUUGCAUCAGCUAUAAUCACCAGUCUUCAACAACAGAUAAGAAAAUAAUACUUUAUGAUGGCUGGCAAAUUUUUCUGAUGAUGUCUGAGGUAGAACUGGAUAUCACUUGCUGUUGUGCUGCUAUUUUAGCUUUUUAGUGCUGACAACAGUAAAAAUAAGUUGUCAGUGUGCUAAGCAGAUAUAAAUAAAAAGAUGCAUAAGGAACAGAUAUAUAUAGUAUCAAGUUGCUGUUUUUAGUGUCUUAAAAAGAAGCCCAUAAUCACACUAGCAUUCUUCACGCUAGCUUGGAAGAUAAAUAUUUAGUAUUGAACUCUGUAUGUACGUUAAAAAGGAAAUUCAGAAAUAAGUAUUUUAUGAAAUUAGAAGACUAUGUUAUGCUAAGCAGUGGAAAUAAAAUUAUCUUUUUGAAUUUUGAAUAUUCUAUAGCCUGGCAAAGUAUUUAAAGCAAUUUCCAAAAUAAAAAAGGUCAAGAAAACAAAACAGUAUGUGAAUCAUAUUUCUCUUGAGAAUGGUGUAUCAUCAUAAUUUCUGAUCUCUGCUUAAAAUAAUGAAUGUUUAGCAUUUCUUGUAGUGAAAUCUUUUACUAAUUCAUGCUCAUUUAGCUUUUAUUUUAAUAUAGAACAAACUAAAUUCUCAUUACAGAGCACUGUUAUUAGCAGAGUUUCUCAUUUCUCAGAAUGUGUGUGCCCAGUUAGCAAAAUCUUUUGAGAUCCAAAAUAUUUUCUCUACAAAAUCUCAUGUGAACACCCAAAAUUUGCAAGCUCAGUUUCUUACAAGGAGUUUCUUAGGCCGUGCUAGUAUGCAGUGGAAUGUCAGGGUAAUUCAGUGCAAAAUACUGCUUUUUCAUCCUUAAAAUAGCCAAUAAGCAGGGAUAGUGCAAAUCUAUUUCUUCUAGUUUAACGCAGUGCUUCAACAUUACUCUUUAUCUGUUGCUUACAUGGACACAUCUCACUGGAGAAGGAAAGGACCUGUCUAAAGAGGCAGUAUUCUGAGACAUUCUAUACUUGGGAGUUCAUUCAUCUCUAAGGACAUGUCUACAUGUUGCCUUUUGGAAGUACUAAUGCAUGGCGCAGUACGGGCGGUUACUGUACCAUGCAUGUGGCAUACAGGUAAAUUUUGCCACUGUGUCACUGUAAUGGCACGCUAUACCUGGUGCUACACACAUGAUCACUACAUCGCCAUAGCAUGCUGUACAGCAACAUAACACAUCAUGUAUGUAGACAUGCCCUAAGUGCUGCAAAAAGAAGGGCACUAUAAUCUGCUAUUUUCCUUUAUGGACACACAUAAAGGUAACAUAGUAAAUAAGAUAAAAAUACACAUAAAAGUACAAAAAACAAAUGGGCACCUUGAGCCUCAUUAUCUUACUUGCCUAUUUACUUGCCCACCUUUUUUUUUUCCUAAAGAAAGCUACAGAUACUUCAGCUGUAAUAAUCCAGUACAGAAGAUUAGUAUUUAAUAUUGAUGAAAUGGGAUUCUCAUGAUUACAUUUGACAUACUACACACCAUUUAAACUGAUCAGGUUUUGACAGGGAAUCAUCAAUGCAUUAUAUCCUUGAUAAAUACAUCUCUCCUAAGAUAUCCUUUGGGAUAAAGAAGGCCUUAAGCAAUGAGGAUGACAUUAAUUUUAGUUUUUAUUGUACAAUGGCUACAUGUCACUUUAUGUUAUAAAAUAGUCAAAUACACAAAGUGGCAGAAUGUGGAAUGAGAAAUAAAAUCUGUUAGACCUUAAGUGUUUUGAAUAGCAUUCUACAUUAAAUAUGGAGCAAGCUUUAGUGACUAAAUAUUUAAAUUGUGUCCUAAAAAGGGCAACAGAUGCUAUCUAAUGGUAGAUCUCCAGACUACUGCAUACACGUGAGUGUUUUGUGCUGGCAGAGGCAAAAUUGCUGGUGUGAGCUAAAAGAAUAAAGCAUUCUGCAAUGCUUAUGCUGUAGGAACCCCCAGCUCCAAAUCCUAUCGCCCCUCUGGAAGAAAACUUGUAGCUAUUUUCCUUCCUUACCUUCCUGCACUACAACCGUAUACUGAAAGGAAUUCAUAUGCUUUUUUGUGUCUGAUACAUAGAGUUUGCAUAUUGUACUUAAGUUGUAAUCCGGUUGCUGUUGAAACUUUUUUUUUUAAUUUUAGGGGGAAAAGUAAGUUAUACUGUAGCAUUACAAUCACGUGUACUUAGUAUUACAUAUUACAAGUUGCUAGGCCAACAGAAAGCAGCACUGACUGUAUUAAUAUUGAUUAGCAUGAUGUGGAAUCACACUCAGCUGUUGGUUUUUGCAGUGUGAUAUAAAAAGCAAAAAUGAACCGCUGUGCAGUUUGGCAUAUAUUUGCUUUACAGUGUGUAAAGUUCUAGUUAUUUUGCAAAAAUGUACUUUAUUUGGGAAUAUGCCGUUAUGAAGGAAAUGUUUGGGUUUUUUUCAAAGGAUGGGAAUUAUUACCAGAUUCUUUGAUGUAUUGAUAUAAUUUGGCUUUUGUUAUGCAAAAAGUUAACACCAGCUAUUAAAAUAUAUUUUAGUAGAAAUGCUUUAAUUCCUGUUUUUUUCCCCUCUACACUGUGAAUCUUUAAGCCUUGGUGGACUAGAGCAACAUCAUGCUGCCCAAGCUACUAACCUAUGCAAACUAGUUCACAUUUUAGUUGUCACAGUGGAUGUAACAUAAAAAUUUAUUUUGCAUAACAUGAUAUGGCGUUCAAAUAAAAUAGUAAACCCAGCAUUAUGUAUGUAUUAUAUUAAUAAACAACAUGCUUCAAAGCUACCAUACCCAUUAAUAUAGUUUAUAAGAGUUGAUUAUUUUUUUCUUUAACCAAGGAUGCUUUACAUUUUUCAGACAUAAAUGGAAAAUAUGCCAUAAAUAUGGCUGAAAUCUGGUUACCAGCAGUGUUUUCCUAAAAUAGCAUUUUAUUUCAGAAAUGCGCUUUUUUUAGGAGAUGAAUAUGCUUUCUUCAGACUGUAUUUGUAACCCAUCAAUAGCACAUUCAUUUCACAUUUCAUCUCCCUUGGUUUGCUUAAAUAAAUACAAGUAAUAAGUAAA